CAAAUGAUACAGCCGCAUGACCUCCAGUGCAUGGCUAAACCCAGUUCCGUUCGUAAUUAAUUUGAUUUUAAUUGUUCACAUGAUGCCUCAAGAUGUAAUAGAUAAAUUCAAAAUAAGAAUUUUUGCAAAAGCUUACCAAUUUACCUCCAUUGUUAAUCAGAUAUUAAUUUUAAAUUAUACAUUGCUGACGGGAUGCUUGUCAAACUACAUGCAGGUGGGCGUAUCCGGAAGUGUGAUAAAUAAAUUAACAUCACGUGAGAUAUGAAACACACUCUGGGCAAAAAUAUGCAAAUAAAGUCUUAAUUGAAACAGAUAAUGUCUCUUCAAAAUGCAUCUGAACAUUGCUCUAUGUAAACUAUCACACCCAAGCCAACGGGCAAGUAAUGGGAUGAUCCAUUUUAGAUCAAUGUCAAAUACGAAACCUUUCAAACCAAAAGCAAUUAAAUAAUAAGGGGUAAUGUUUAAAAUGAAUUUUUUCCCCAAACCGUGUGGUUAUGAUGGACUCGUGCUACGUUGAAGGUAAUAGGGGAAAAACGCUUGUGUCUGGGCGUAGCCCGGAAAAGUGUUGCACAGACAAAGCGCAAUUCAUGUAAUCUUUACUUAAGUAUGCAUAUAUACAUGAUACAUAGCAUCGGUGUUUUAAGAGGUAAAGAACUUUCAGUUCUAUUUCACAGUUAAAUAUUUACAAUAACCUUCCUCCCACUCCUGGAGAACUUUCUUGAAACAUAAUCCGCCGAGUAGGCCCACAGUGUUAUGUCUUUGUUAAUCAUAUAUGUGAUCAUCUAUUUGGAUCGACAAAAAUUAAAGUAAGAAUUCAGUGUAUAACAGUAGCACGUGUUUCUGUUUAUCCACUGUAUAAUUUCACUUGUGGGUCUAUACGAUCGAAUGGAAGGUAUUAAAAUGGUAGAUCCAUUACCCAGUGGUAAUCGACAAACAGCUUACAAUACUUAAGGGUAUUUAAUAAUGUAAUAAAGAUAAUUCGUUUUAACCCAAAACUUGAUCGUAAAUGACGCAUUUGGCGGUGUGUGUAACUACUGACGUCAGUGAUUACUUUGGACAGUACUGACACACAUGAAUGAAAAAAAAUCUGAUACAUUCUGAAAAUGACACAAAAUAGGUGGCAUCGGCGGACUGACUUUCUUAAACGGACGCAUCUAUGUUGUGCUUCUACUAGCUUUAUCGUAAUCUCAAGACAAACAGAGAAGUCGCAAUGUGUAUUUGAGGGUUAGUGGCUGUGCAGAUCUGACGAAGCUGUCCUUAGUGUGUCUGUUGUGUGACUGGAAACACGUUCAGCCGUUGAAGGAACUGUGUGCCACGCUCACGGGUUAUCCGGUGUGUCAGUGCCGGCCCUGGCAGAAACUACAGCCAGGUUAAACCCUGCCUAAAAUAUUAGCGUCGAUUUGUUAUUGGCUUGAACCCGCACGUGUCAAAGGUGAACAGGAAUUAGGCUCAAAACACAGGAUUCAGGGGAAAGCCUACCCAUGGUAUUUGUUAAACGUUGACGGCUGUAGGGUAGAGAGGGAGAGAGCGAUAUUGACGUUGUUUUGCGCAUUCAAUUUAACAUCCCCACCUCCUCAAGCAACGAUGCCAUGACAGUUUGUCUCAACGCGAAAAAUAUAGAAUUGAUGCAUCCCAAGUUACCAAAUUUACGAUUUGUGGGCCGUUGUUGUGUAUUGCUCUGUUUGCGCCUAAGCAGACAACUUUUAUCAGCUUCAGCCAUAUGCGAAUAAUGACAGAGGUAUGUCUGCGAAGAAAACUGGAGGCUUAGACGGUUUACCUGGAAAACAAACCUGUAAAGUAUGAAGCAUUUCGAUCACGCUUCAGCUAAGUCUUAUCCAUACAGACUGCUGGCAACGGAGGCUGCAGCGGGACCCAUACGGCCCCAAGGUUUCGUCCAGGACGGUUGUGGGUUAAACCCCGGGUAUUACACUGCAUAACCGUCCCGGGGCACAACUUCGCUCCACUAACUCCCACCGUUAAUUUGGUCAUUCAACGACAAAAACGGAGACAAUGAGGUAUAAAGACUCCUCCAAGUCGCUCUUUAGCUUCUUUGAUGCUUUGGAUUUCCUGCUGGAGAUUGCUGUUGAUUGUGAGGCGCUGUUGUGAAUCUCUUUGAUUGUACUACACGUAACUAUGUAGAAUACUGAGGUAGAGGUAUUCAGAACUCGUUUCUACCUAAACGAUACGUUCGUCGUUAAUUAAGGUGUUAAGUCUCCUGUUACCCAAGAGUUAUUCGAAUUGAGUGGAUCUCAAGAUGUCGCAGGUGCGAGUAUUUAUUUCUCAAGAAAACUUAGAAGCUACAUUAUCACGGACAACAAACAGAAUGUCCUGGUUUAAGGCGUUUAGAAAUGACUACGCGUACACAUCGUACGGAGAGAACAGAAGUGCCGUCACAAUAGACAUCUCGUUGGCGGCAGUCAUCUACGCUUCCAUUCUUGUCUCCUUGGCAACAUUGAUAGCAACCAUCGGAAUUCGUGGAAAAGAGAGAUGGUCCACAUUUAUACGGGUGGUGUACAGUUUGUUUAUAGGAGCAGCACUUCUAGUUAGCAUAUUUGGUCAUGGCUGGCAGACAGGGUCGCUGUAUACCAAGAGUUUUUAUACUUUCGUGUCCAGGCAUAAGUUUGAAGGCAUCGUGGGGCUGAAGAUGGGAUUAAGUAGUGUCAACAUCACUCUUUCUGGAUCCUUCAGUCCACAUAACAGCGAAGUGCAUUAUAACGAGAGGCUACAAUGGUUCGAUGUAGGUCAGCUGCAGUCGGAAUACAAUGGCUGCUUAGAGAAGGGUUUACCGGAGCCUAUCCUCUCCGUGGCGUCAUACUUCAGCUAUGAUGACGGUGGACUCAGAUGGGGAAGGAGCUUCAAAGAUGCUGGUUAUUUCGCCUACGUUUUACUGUGGACAAGCUUUGCCUUUUGGCUUGUUACGAACGUUUUGCUGUCAAGCGUUGUGUUUUACGGGUCCGCCAUGUUUCUACUAAGUGGGAUCACGAUAGACCUGGCGGUAAUCAUCUAUCACGUGCUACAACCACAACACGUCAUGAAAAUACCGUUUCAAGAUGGCUUCCUCACCCUGAGAUACGACUGGUCGUUUUGGUUAAUGGUGGCAGCCGGAAUUCUAACUACCCUUCUGGGACUCCUUCUCUUGCUACUGGACUGGGUCAUACCUAGGAAGCUGUCACUGUUUUUCUUGGUUGAUUCCUUGUUGGAGGAAGAUGAGGAUGAAACAAACCACAAUCUGGCCAGAUCACCCAACGAAAAUAAUUUGACACCCAGAAAACGGCCUUAUCUGUCCUUGCUCGAUAACGCGGUGACCAAGAAUGGUUUGACGAAAAGUCAAACAAUAGAUCGCCAGACGUCGACUUUGAACGGAGACAUUCAGAUCAACAUAUACCACUCAGCAGAAGAUGUGAGGACGACGACCAACUUAAGCCGAGCACCUCAGUUUCUCAGUCACGAUUGCUUGACUGUAGACAGUUAUCCGCAUGGAAGCCAAAGACAGCUUAUCGAAAAUGAAUUCCCACAAUAUGUUAAUUCAGCUUCCGAAGUCUCUUCGCUAAACAGCAGUAUGGAAUCUUUACCGUUCGAACAGAGUGAGCUGAAACACGUGGCAAUCUCCAUUCCCGAUGAAAUAAGACCGGAUCCGGAAGUCAACAGUCCCACAGAGGAAAAAGACACACACUUGUAGUUUCUGAUUGGACCGUCAAAGAGGCCAUCUGACCAAUGAACAAUAUAAUGACUGGCUCGAUGGACCUUUCUGACCUCAAAAUCACCCAUAAUUGUCUUUCAAACGUAAUAUAUAUAAUUUGUUAAAUAUUUGCAUAAUUUAAUGUACAGUUAAUUAAAACAACAAAGGCUGUUUACAGCUGAAUGCUCAUUAGACUGGGACCUUGUUAACAAUUUGCAUGGAGUUAGAUCACACUGCGUGAGACAGAGCAAUAGAUUACUAAACCUUAGGACAAUGCAGAUGUCAUCCAGCCCUUAGCCUUGCUUAUAGCUAAAAAUUUGGCUUUGUUCUUGGUGAAAUAUAGCCAUUUUUAUCUUUUGCUACAUCAUGUUCAUUCCAUAGUAUCUGAUGACAAACCUCCCUCUGUUUUUCAUAUACGAUGCAAGGGUAGGCAUUGAUUUAUUAAUCUUGAGAUAUCCAUAUCGUAAUGCAGUAGAUAGCAUAUAGUUAUCAUAACAAAGACCGAGUGCUGGGAAGUUGAAGGCACAGUUAUUUGUAGAUCUGUAACUUGAUUAAUUAAUAAUUUAAAGCUUUAAUUGAUAUGAUAAAUCAAAUUUACAUUGGAUAUGACAAUCGUUAUAAGAGGUAUCCUUCUUCGUUGUACAUGUAUGUAUAGUACGGUAUAUUUCAUGUUUUGUUUUUUUUUUGUUUGUUUGGUUUUUUUUUACCCACCCCUUCCCUUAGUUAUUUUUUCGUGUCACUUUGGAAAGAGAUUGUACACGUUAACACUGUCUCUGUGCAAUGCUAAAUAUGACUUGUUCCGCAAUGUCGUUAACGUAGACUUGGAAUUCACGAGCGUAUGUAGGAAUAAUGUCUCGUGUGGUAUGUGACCAAGCGAGAGCUGACAGCAGUGGUAAAAUGGUGGAAUGGCGACUGUUCUAAAUUCGUAGGUCACGAUCUCAAACAACCCGACCUGCUUGCUCAAACUAUAGCGCCUUGUUACCCGCUCUGUCUGCUACUCUACUUCUCUACGUAUUUGGCUGUUCUAGGUGUCCGAAUAUAAUUGUGUUGAAAACACUAGUCUGGGGAUCCAACCGUCCCGUUCAGAAGGUGGUAAAACCACUGAGGUCAUUCCUGGAAAGCGACAGAAUUCUUGUCAUUGCCUUUAUCCAUGGAGUGAUCUCACUUGUCCAGAAUGUCACAUGACCGUUCCUCGAGAAUGCUCAUGUGCUUUUAUGUAAUAUUUUGUAAGUAUGUACAUAUUAUGGUUUUAACGAUGUUCGCCGUCAUGGGAAUAAAGAGUGACCUGUUUUCUUGAAAUAUA